UAACGUGAACACAGCCUCAGCCUCUUCUUCUCCCCACAAGAGACGCAACCAAGCUUUCUCCUUCACCUACUCCCUCAUCCACCGCGACCACAGGCGCCUCCGCCUCAGUUCGCUGGUCGUCGCCGCUGCCAAACCCUAGCUGGUUCAUGUCCUCCUCGACGACCCUAGGCCACCGCCAGACCCUCACCGCGCGUCUACAGCCAUCCCUCGCCGGAGUCUUGAUCACCUUCAUCGGAGCUGGAACCACUUGCUAGUCGUCGUAGAUCUCGUCCUGGAAGCUUCCUAUCUCGAGCUCGCCGAGGUUGCAGAGGACUACCUUAGCCACUGCCUUGGGCCGCCGCAGCUAUCUCCGGCGAAGCUUCUCAGAGCUGUGGCCCAAUUGCAGGAUAUAGUUACGAACACAGCACAUAGGGUUUAUUGUGUUGUGUUGAAAUAUGGAGGGUGCUCGACGACUACAGGGACAAUCUAUAGCAGUUUUCAAUGAAGGAAUUGGAUUACUCCUUUUCCGCUGGUCGGCUCUUCAAACUGCUGUCGAGAACGAAUGGGGUGGCCGUGAGUCCCGUGUCAAAGCCGAUCAACUUGUCACUGAUAUUCUUUCGUGGUUCACUCAAUUCAAAGAGCCACUGUACAUUGAUGACUUAGAAGACAUACUGGAUCAAGGUAUGCUUUCUCUCAAUGUGGAGGUCGAAGAUGGCAGUAUUGAAGAGGUAGCUGAGAAAUUAAUGGUUAUGCAUGAAGAAUUCUUGGACGGAAAUUUUAGUUCUUUUGAAAAUCUUAGGAAAGCCAAUCUCGAGCAAGCAACUCGUCCUCACACAGCGCAGAUUGUAAAUGAUGGUGAAGAUGACAGUGACGAAAAUGGUGGUGAUGAAACCAUGAGUAUAGAUCGUAAUUCUUCAAGCAUGAAUACGGAGAUUCCGAGAUCUUAUUCAAACAAUAAUUCAGUUAAUGAGCCCCGGCCGAAUGUUUCAGGCGGAGCAGAUGAUGGAUGGGCUGUAGUUUCAAACAGAAGAAAUAAGGGGAGGAAAAAUUAGAUAAAAAAAUAUCUAUUUUUUUUUUCAAAGUUUUGUUUCAAGCGGGGGGUAGUCCUUAUACUUUUUGAGGUUUUGCAGAAUAUCUUAAGGAUUUAGAAAAAAUAGUUAUCCCGGUUAUAUGCAUUGGAAAAUCGUACAUUAUGUUUUAUACAUUUUUUUUGCCUUGUGCUUUCAUUUUAUGUAUGUAGUUUAUGUAUUCAUAUGGGUACCUCUCUGUUUGUGUUUCACCAUCUUCACUCCAACGAAACACUUUCUUCUACUCUUCAAUCAAGCCGGGCCAGUUUCCGGAUUUCGUA